AUGCAACAAACACCUGGAGUUAGACGGCCUCCGCGUAGUAGCUCAACUCCAGUAUUCCGUCAGGCAGAUGUACCAGUUCCCACUCUUACUAAAAUCCAGAUUUCGUCUUCUUCUUCAGAAAUCCAGAAAGGCCUUGAAAAAGCUGCGCAGCUGGAGUUUGAAAGGAUUAAUUCGUUUUGCAGAAGGAGUGGAAUCCCUUUUAUGGAUGACAGUUUCCCUCAGUCUUUACGAUCUCUGGGUGAUCUUUCCUCUGACGGUGCUUCAAAUGCAAUGCCGUGCAGAGUUAACGCAAAAGAUCUCGUUUGGUUACGACCGCAGAGUAUGAAUACCAAAGAUGGAGCUCAUUUUUGUUGGAGUGUUUUUCUCGAUCCAAAACCAACCGAUAUUGAACAAGGUGCUCUGGGUAACUGUUGGUUUCUUUCCGCAUUAGCUGUGAUUGCUGAGCGUCCAGAUAUACUUGACCAAAUAGUCCUCACCAAACAGUAUAACCACUUUGGCGUUUAUCAGAUUCGUUUAUGCGUCGAUGGAUUAUGGCAAGUUGUCGUCACCGAUGAUUUUUUCCCGUGCAGAAAGCAUUCAAAAAUGCUUGCAUUUGCUGUUGGUAGACGGAAUCAGUUAUGGGUACCUCUGAUAGAAAAAGCUUUCGCAAAAACGGUCGGAAGUUAUGCAAAAUUGCUUGCUGGAAGGACACUGGAAGCAUUUGCGGUACUAACAGGUUCACCUUGUUUACUUGUCGAUUUGGAAGAGGCUACUGAUGCCGAUGCGCGGAAUGUCAUAUGGGCAAAACUUUUAAGUAUGAGAGAGGCGUGCUUUGUAAUGGGAUGCAGUUGUGGCGCUGGUAAGAGAUAUGUCGAUACUAAAGCUUACUUGGAUUGUGGGUUACAACCAAGGCACGCGUAUUCCUUACUUAACGUGGUUGAAUAUCGCGGCUGUAGAUUGGUCCGUCUACGUAAUCCAUGGGGUACUUUUGUAUGGAAUAAAGAGUGGAGCGAUGGUUGGGCAGGUUGGACGCAGGAAAGCCGUGACUUUUUAUUACCUAAAUAUCCAGAAGCGGGGACAUUCUGGAUGCCAUAUGACAAGUUCCUGCAGCAUUUUGACUCGGUUGAAGUUGCAAAAGUUAGGAUGUUUUCUGGGUGGAAGGAGCUGCGGACAGGCUUCAAACUUGUUGCGUCAUGGGGCACCAAAGGAAUCACCGCAUUUCGUAUUCAUGUAGAAGAAUCGGUAGAAGUCACUGUUACUCUCUAUCAGAAAAAUGGAAGAGAAGAAACCGAUGCAGACUUAAUGGUUCUCCUGCACAGAGUAGGACCAUCAGAUAGAGUUGGAAAAUUAGUUACCAGAUCUCCUCGUAAAAUAACAGCAUUUGUUGCUACCGACGAUGUUUUCUUGAGCGGCCCGAGUGAAUAUUACUUGAUUCCGAUUUCAUUUUCAAAUAUUAAUGAAGGAAGAAAUCUUGGUCUGGUAAUUGCAGUUCACAGCUCAAAACCAUUACUUUCUGAACAGAUUCAGCUUCCAGCAAUGGCUGUAGCUGACUCCCUCAUUCAAGUUGCUUUGAAAGAAGGCCUGGUGCAGACUUCUGCUCCUGACUUUGUUUCGAGGACUGUUUUAGACAAUUUCGAUGGCCAUCUUUUAAUGUAUGACAAUCUCAGCCAGAGACAAUACUUUCAGGUUUACUGUGACUGCUCUGCAUCAACGAAUGUAAUUUCAACUCGCUCAGCAGUCAGAAUUGCUGAUUCCAUUCCUCCGUUUCACAGGCAGGUAGAGAACGUAUUGCAGAUAAUCAUGAUUCUGAGCCAUUUUGAAGGAACCCAAGGCUUCUCUCUACAACACUCUCUGACAAUGCGGCCAAGUAGCCAAAAAGGACUGCAAGACUGGUUAAACUUCUUCCCAGAAACUGGACCCAUUAGUCCUUUUUCAGAACAUAUCCCAGCCCUUGGUCUUUUGCCAGCCGACGUACUCCACUGCCCUUACCCCAUACGGGACUAA